AUGAAGCCGCCAUUGCCGUCUGCACCAAAACCGCUUCCCUCCGCGCUCGCGGCCCCGAAUCCACCAAAGCCGGCUCUACAUGUCGCAGAGCCUCAACCCCCUGCUGCGGCUGCUCCUCACGCGCACACUCCUGCGGGGCCUGCUCCCAUGGCUCCUGAUGCUCCCAUUGAGUCUCCGGCUCCCCUUGUCGUUGUUGAUGCCCCUCCGGGUGCCCCGAUCCUCGCUGUGCCGCUUGCCUAUGUCGCCCACGCUGCACCGAUCGCUGCUGUUGGUUCGUCCCUGCACGCGGUGUCCGCCACCACUGGCGGCCCGGGCCCAGGGGGGGUGGGGGGGGCCAUUGCGCUGUCGGCUCCCGUCUUACCGACUGCGGCGACAUCGGUGCCGCCCCCGGACGUCCAGGCGUCAGCCGUUCCUCCUCCUCCUACUCCCUCUGCAUCUGCUGUCGCUCAUGGGAACCGUAUGCUCCUGCCGUGGGUUCCUCCUGUGGUGGGUAUGGAGUUCGUGACCACGGCAGGAGGACCGGUGACGGCGCAGUAUCCAUCCCUACUGCCCGUGGCUCCUUCUCCUCCGGCUGCAACGGUGCCGGUACAGCCUCUGGUGGGGUCAUCUUCUUUAGCUGUGGUGCCGGAGGCGUCUCUGGGGCAGCUAUGGCGCCUCUCUGAGGGUCUGCGGGCUGUGCACCUGAUUCAGGUGUAUGGUCACGCGGCUCUCUCCCAGUGUGUUCCUCUGGAUGGUGGCCCUCAGGACGAGUGCUUGGAUGCCGCUGAUCGGCUGGCCGAGCUCCUGGCGCCCGUGUUGGCUGUGCCCGCGCGGGGUGGAUUUGCGGGCGUUGGACAGCUUGGGAUGGCAGUCCAUCGUCUGUGCCGGUUUUUGCGCACAGGGACUGCUGUCGACUUGAUCGGCGCAACCACAGUGGUGGUGCGCGAGCUUCAUCGCUCACUGACGGGUCUUCUCGCCAUCCUUGAUGCGGAUCAGAUGUAG